AUGGAUUCUAAGCAAAAUGUUAACAUUCCUCUACCUGAAAAUGUUGAGCUGCUAUCCUCAGGAGAAAUUUUGGGACUUCUCAAAGAACAUAGGAACCAAUUACAGUCAUAUGUGACCAAAUUCCAUCCACAAGAUGAAUUGAAACAAGAAGUGAAUGAGCUGCGAUCUCAGUUGCAAUCGCUAGAGUCCAAGUUCCAGGGAUUAGAGGAUGAAAGAUCGAAUACUCAGAGGCAAUUGGAAGAGUGUAGAAUUAUGGAGGCCCAAUAUGUAAAGCUGUGGCAGGAUUUACGUCAAAGGAUAAUGGAGAAAUACCAUGACGAUGCUCUAAAGAAACAACUAGAAGUACAGAUUCAACAUUUGGAUGAUGCUAGUGGCAAAUUGGAAAUGGACAUGGGUAAAUAUGAAGGACUGGAUGAAUUUUUAAACGAUUACAUAGGUACAAGAACUCAAUACCAUCUAAAACGGGAGAAAUUGACCACUUGGAUCCAACAAGGUGAGUUGAAGAUGUAG